GUGCCCUCGUCCAAUCACGGGCGGCGGUUAGUUAGUCAGUCAGUCAGUCCGGUCCAUUCAUUGACAAUAGUGAUGACUGGAUCCAUGCGUGGACGCAGGACAUGUCGAACAUAAGAUAACAUGAAGAUAAACCGUGUUUGCCUUGUUGUCGUCAGAUAGCAUGCGGUCACGCGUGGACACUCCGGUUUACGGUUCGUGUGAAGUCCUCAGACGUUGACCCUCAGCGGCCGUGACACGCUGAUGCUCUGAGUCGCAUCAUCACAUCAUCUCUAAGGUAGUAGAGAAGAAGAAGAACAUCUUCUGACAACUCUUUGGACCAUGGCUCCACACCCAGCGGUCCAGGCCAUCAUUGAUCUCUCUGCAGGAGCCGUAGGAGGGGCUGCGUGUGUCUUCAGUGGGCAGCCUCUGGACACGGCAAAAGUCAAGAUGCAGACCUUUCCCACGCUCUACCGUGGAUUCGUCCACUGCAUCACGUCCACCUACAAGCAAGUGGGUAUCCGUGGUUUGUACCAGGGCACGUCACCGGCGCUGAUGGCCAACAUCGCAGAGAACUCUGUGCUCUUCAUGAGCUACGGCUUCUGCCAGCAGGUCAUCCGCUUCACAGCUGGACUGGACAAAGAAGCUGUGCUGAGUGACGUGCAGAAAGCCUCUGCUGGCUCGGUCGCAUCCAUCUUCUCUUCUCUGGUACUCUGUCCCACUGAGCUUGUCAAGUGUCGACUGCAAGCCAUGUAUGAAAUGGAGAUGUCAGGCAAGAUAGCGAAAAGUCAGAACACAGUGUGGUCAGUGGUGAAAUCCAUCAUGAGGAACGAGGGGCCUCAAGGUUUCUUCCAGGGCCUGACCACCACCAUAGCCAGAGAAAUCCCUGGUUACUUCUGCUUCUUCGGUGCCUAUGAGCUCUGUCGCUCCACCUUCGCUGACUACAUGAAAUGUGACAAGGAUGACAUAGGCGUGGGUCCAAUCGUGUUCAGCGGUGGUCUCGGCGGCGCGUGUCUGUGGCUCGUCGUCUACCCGAUGGACUGUGUCAAGUCUCGGAUCCAGGUCAUGUCCAUGACGGGCAAACAGGCAGGGUUUUUCAGGACAUUCAUGACCAUCGCUCGGGGUGAAGGCGUGAGGGCGCUCUACUCUGGCCUCACCCCCACCAUGGUCCGCACCUUCCCUGCGAACGGCGCUCUGUUCCUGGGUUACGAGGUCAGCCGCAAACUCAUGAUGAAACACGCCGACACCUGAAAAAACAAAUGUUGCAGUGAAUUGGUGUUGACUCUCCACAACUGCAGUGUAGGAUCUGUUCUUUUUGCCACGUCCUACUUUUGCUAAAUUAACAUUUCACAACUCCGACAACUGCCUUUUGACAUAGUAUUUACAUCUUUUAAAACUUGAUAUAACCUAUUUUUUAAAGAUCUUUAGAUUGUUGUUUUUAACACUCCAAAAACACUUGAGUAUCUAAGAAAACCACUUGUAUGACAGUAUUAGAAAACAUUUAUCAGCCUCUUGAUGCAAAAAUGUUGACACUCCAGUUUGAUUUUAUGUCUACCUCAAACCUCACUGCACAGAAGUAAAAUACAUUCUUUAUUUGCUCUACGCUCCAUUAGGAUGUAUGUAGUAAUAAUAAUAACAAUAAUAAUCUAGAUUUUUUGUGUGAAUUUAUUAUCAAAACUGACUAACAUACUCAUGUGUUUUUGUGGAAAUAGUUACAGUUUCAGAGCAAAAUAAGCAGAUCUGUGUUGGUACGGUCACAAAAAAAUGCUCAACUUUUCUUUACCUUUUACAUUUUGUUUUUGAAAUAGAGAUGACUGCACAGGUCACAUGACGCACACUCACCCUCUAACUGGCUGUUUUUGUUUUGCCAUGUUAAAUCCUGUUUAUGUUGCCAUAUGAAAGGUCCAGUGUGAGAGAUGCCAUAUGUUUGGAAGGAUGAGGUGAGAGAUAUUCAGCUGAAACGUGCAACUUCACCAGUAGAUGUUGCUAAAUCUUACACACUGUACCUUUCUCCUUCGGGAGCUUCCGUUAUUUGCCUUUUCAAAACAUCACAUUUUGCCUUUGUAGAACUUUUGUUUUGUGCACAAGCAAACAUCAGCUUCUUUGUCUAAUACCGUGUCGUUUGCACACUAUGUGCAGGGUUUUAUUAUCUCUUUCAUAUCCCUGUGAUUUUUAAUCGAGAACUGGAGAUAUUAUAUCCGGACAGUGUUUGAAGUGUGAGAAAUGUGAGAUGACACUAAUUUGUGGAGCAAUUUCCUCCAAAUGUUGUGACACAACCUUCAUUAAAAGUGUCAGUGGAGUUAAA